UUCUUACCUGGUUUAAGAGUCAAGGUUGUACGUACAUGUUUCAUAAAAUGCAUUUACCUGCUUUCUUCCCUCUUUCCCCUCUUUAAAUUAUUUGACAGUGGAAUGAUAUUUGUAAUGGGCUUUGGAUCUUAGAAAAACACACCCCCAGAGUCUGCCUGCUCGGCAGGAGACUUGGCACAGACAGGCAGAGAGACAGACACCUCUUUCCCUUGUUUGUAGUCUGUGUUGGCUUAUUUCUGGCACUUUUGUUGUUUCUGGGACUGCUUUGCUGGGAGCUGGCCAUUUCCCUGAGGAAGUAGGGCUGAGAGGUGAGGGAAGCCCUGGGCUGGGGGAGGGAGCACUGAGAGAGGGGUGGGGGUGGGGGUAGCACCCACCUAUGCUUCCCUGGACCAGGCUCCCAUGAAGCCCCUUGCUGGAGCUCAGCCUGACCCUACCCACACAGGCACCAUGUUCCGAAAGAAAAAGAAGAAACGCCCUGAGAUCUCAGCCCCACAGAACUUCCAGCACCGUGUCCACACCUCCUUUGAUCCCAAAGAAGGCAAGUUUGUGGGCCUCCCACCACAAUGGCAGAACAUCCUGGACACACUUCGGCGACCCAAGCCUGUGGUGGACCCUUCUCGAAUUACUCGUGUGCAGCUCCAGCCCAUGAAGACAGUGGUGCGGGGCAGCUCGGUGCCCAUGGACGGCUACAUAUCAGGGCUGCUCAACGACAUCCAGAAGUUGUCGGUCAUCAGCUCCAACACCCUGCGUGGCCGCAGCCCCACCAGCCGGCGGCGGGCACAGUCCCUAGGGCUGCUGGGGGAUGAACACUGGGCCGCUGACCCGGACAUGUACCUGCAGAGCCCCCAGUCUGAGCGCACUGACCCCCAUGGCCUCUACCUCAGCUGCAACGGGGGCACACCAGCAGGCCGCAGGCAGAUGCCGUGGCCGGAGCCACAGAGCCCAAGAGUCCUACCCAACGGGCUGGCCACCAAGGCACAGUCGCUAGGCCCCACCGAGUUCCAGGGUGCCACACAGCGCUGCCUGCAGUUGGGUGCCUGCCUACAGAGCUCCCCACCCGGCGCCUCACCCCCCGCAGCCACUGGUAGGCGUGGGACCAAGGUUGCCAGACAUGGUUCUGAGGAGGCCCGGCCACAGUCCUGCCUGGUGGGCUCGGCGACUGGCAGGCCAGGCGGGGAGGGCAGCCCCAGCCCUAAGACCCAGGAGAGCAGCCUUAAGCGCAGGCUGUUCCGAAGCAUGUUCCUGUCUACUCCUGCCACAGCCCCUGCGAGCAGCAGCAAGCCAGGCCCUCCCUCUCAGAGCAAGCCCACCUCCUCUUUUCGACCGCUGCAGAAAGAACCCACCCAAAGCCUGGUGGCCAAGGCCCAGUCCUUGCCCUCAGACCAGCCCAUGGGGACCUUCAGCCCUCUGACCACCUCGGAUACCAGCAGCCCCCAGAAGUCCCUCCGCAUAGCCCAAGCUGCUGGCCCACCCCCAGGCCGGUCUUCCCCCGCGGGCUCCCCACGCACCAGGCAAGCCCAGAUCAGCACCAGCAACUUGUACCUGCCCCAGGACCCCACGGUGGCCAAGGGUGCCCUGGCUGGCGAGGACACGGGUGUUGUGACACACGAGCAGUUCAAGGCUGCGCUCAGGAUGGUGGUGGACCAGGGUGACCCCCGGAUGCUGCUGGACAGCUACGUGAAGAUCGGCGAGGGCUCCACAGGCAUCGUCUGCCUGGCCCGGGAGAAGCAUUCAGGCCGCCAGGUGGCCGUCAAGAUGAUGGACCUCAGGAAGCAGCAGCGCAGGGAGCUGCUCUUUAAUGAGGUGGUGAUCAUGCGAGACUACCAGCACCUCAACGUGGUGGAGAUGUACAAGAGCUACCUGGUGGGCGAGGAGCUGUGGGUGCUUAUGGAGUUCCUGCAGGGCGGCGCCCUCACGGACAUCGUCUCCCAAGUCAGGCUGAACGAGGAGCAGAUCGCCACUGUGUGUGAGGCCGUGCUGCAGGCCCUGGCUUACCUGCAUGCCCAAGGUGUCAUCCACCGGGACAUCAAGAGUGACUCCAUCCUCCUGACCCUGGAUGGCAGGGUGAAACUCUCUGACUUCGGAUUCUGUGCUCAGAUCAGCAAAGACGUCCCUAAGAGGAAGUCCCUGGUAGGCACCCCUUACUGGAUGGCUCCUGAAGUGAUCUCCAGGUCUCUGUACGCGACUGAGGUGGAUAUCUGGUCUCUGGGCAUCAUGGUGAUUGAGAUGGUGGACGGGGAGCCACCCUACUUCAGCGACUCCCCAGUGCAAGCCAUGAAGAGGCUCCGGGACAGCCCCCCACCCAGGCUGAAAAAUUCUCACAAGGUCUCCCCAGUGCUUCGAGACUUCCUGGAACGGAUGCUGGUGCGGGACCCCCAGGAGAGAGCCACGGCUCAGGAGCUCCUGGACCACCCUUUCCUGCUGCAGACAGGGCUGCCCGAGUGCCUGGUGCCCCUGAUCCAGCUCUACCGCAAGCAGACCUCCACCUGCUGAGCCCGGGGACACUGGGCAGCCAGCCUGCCGGCGGGGCCUGCCUGCCUCAUUCUCUCAGUAUUCUCUCCAAAGAUCGAAUGUGAAACCCCACCCACACCCUUCUGCCCCUCAGCCCACUGGGCCAGGCCGGACCUGCCCCUCGGUCUCUCUCCCUCCCAAGAGAGUCCCCAGUUGCCUUUGGGAUGGUGGAGACCCCCUUCUACAGAAUGACCCUCUGUUAUUUGCACAGGGAUAUUUCUAAGAAACGUGGAGACCCGCACUCCUGGCCACGUGGCCAACACAGCAGAAAAAGCUGCUGCGGUUUUUUAAAGGUAGUUGUACAUUAGCAUCCCAGGCCACCGAGAGGGCAGACUGCCUGUCUUCGCCAGGAUACUUGCUGUUCUCAGCUCCAGCUCUAAACCCUGGGGUCUCAAGAGGGCCACAGGGAAGGUUUCUAUUGCCUGAAGCCGUCUUCCUCCUUUACGUCUGACUUCCUGAAGGUACGGUCCAACCUGCACCUGUUUCCCGACCCACCUGCACUGACACCACUCUCCCUGCACAGCCUGCUCCAAACUGUGAACAGCCUGCUCUCUGGCCAGGGGUGGAGGAAGGGCAUUUGUCUGGGUAAAAGAGAAAGAAUGCGGUUGGUGGUAAACAUAAUCUCACUUUACAGGAUGGAGAGAACAUUGUGUGUGUGUGUGUGUGUGUGUGUGUGUGUGUGUGAAGUGGAGGACAGUCACCCUGACAGCCUGGCUCCCUUCAGGUCACUCACAGGUCACCAACUUCAGUAAGGCUUCCCAUCCUUUCUGCCACUAAACUCUACCAGGAAGGGACCUGCUUUCUUGGCCUGGCUUCUCACCUCCUAAGUCCCAUGUUUCUACCUGAACAGUGAAGAGAGCUGAUGCAUCCCAGGGGCUUCGCAGAUUUCCAGGUGUCUCCUGUACUGUGGAGUCUGAGAGCCAGAGAUGGGAAUGGUAAAGGAACAAACUUUGUUUUGCCUGUGAGCUUUGUCUCAAUAACCAGGUCAUCAAGGACCCAUUAUUUUCAAAAAUCUUGGUCUGAGGGAGAUGAACCACCCCCUGGGGCUCCAUCCUGUCAAGAAAAUGGACACCCCCUUUGUGCAAACCAUCUGCCCUAGCUGCCUCUUCAGACACCUGUCUCUUUGUCCCCCUUCCCUCCCCACCUUCAGGGAUGUUGUGAGUCAGGGAAUCCAGGGAAGAACUCCAGGUGUCAGGAUCCUAUCUAGAUAAUAUUUUUAGAUUCCUCUGCUCCCUAGUGGCCUGCUUUGGGCCCCCCCCCCCAAAAAAAAAACUUGCAAGGACUUUUUUAAGGGUCAGAGUUUUAAAAACAAAAGCAUCUUCCCUAGAAACUUUUGUGAAUUGUUUGCACUUGUGCCUGU